AUGUCAGAGGCUUUAUACAGUACCACAAAAGAUGGGUCUCGUACUCAGACUCGUGAUGGUGAAAAAGCCGGCAGAUUUCGCGAAGUUAAAGCCGCUUGCUUGCAUCGAGAACGCGGAGUGACAUUCUGGCGAUUCAACCUGGAGAUUGAGCUCGGUUUGAAGCAAGCACGAGUCGCCUACCGAAUCAAUUCAGGUCCUGCGAUUGGGUUCUGGGUCCCUGGCAGAGGACAAAGCAUGAAUAUAAUGUUCCAUUCUUGUAACGGAUUCAGCCUGUCUGUAAACUCAAACGAAUUCACCGGUCCAGAUCCUCUCUGGCGCGAUGUUUUGAACAAGCAUUCAUCGAGACCAUUUCAUGUUAUGCUAGGCGGCGGAGACCAGAUCUACAAUGACGCCGCCAUGCGUGAUACCACGUACUUCAAGGAGUGGUUGCAAACCAAAAACCCGGAGCAUAAACAUCGAGCCGACUUCUCUGAGGAGAUGCAAGACGAGCUAGAAACAUUCUAUCUUGACAGAUAUAGUAUGUGGUUCUCACAAGGGCUGUUUGGCAUGGCCAAUAGCCAGAUUCCAAUGGGAUACGGAUCUUAUCCUCAUCAUUUCAUGAGCACUAGAGUCUUCACCGGCCUAGGUGCGGUUGCAUUCAAAUACUACAUGCUGUUCCAGCACCAGAGUGUAGUGUCCGAAACUCAACGCGACGAGCCGUCGUGGGUCUUGGGUGCAUCUCCCGGACCUUACAUAAAUGAGCUUAGCCGUAGUGUUUUCAUGUUUCUCGGCCGAAAGGUCGCACUGCUAGGCCUGGAUUGUCGGACAGAAAGAAUGAGAGAUGAAGUUCUGAGUCAGCAGAGCUACGACAUCAUCUUCAACAGAUGUCGAUCGGAAAUUGUCAAAGGUGAAACCAAACAUCUUAUUGUCCUUCUCGGCGUACCGAUCGCUUAUCCACGACUCAACUUUCUGGAGAACAUCUUGACAUCAAGGAUUAUGGACCCCAUCAAAGCCCUCGGUCGAACUGGUCUUUUGGGCGGAUUCAUCAACAAAUUCGACGGCGGUGUUGAGAUUCUGGACGACCUAGAUGACCAUUGGACUGCCAAACAUCACAAACCAGAGAGGAAUUGGUUCAUCCAAGAGCUCCAAGAACUCGCCGCCAGUAAGUCUGUACGAAUCACCAUUCUUGGGGGUGACGUACAUCUGGCCGCCGUAGGACAAUUUUACACGAAAAAGAAGUUGGGCGUUCCCAAGGACAGAGAUCAUCGGUACAUGCCCAACGUUGUCUCUUCUGCCAUCGUCAAUACGCCUCCGCCAAAUAUCAUGGGCGACGUGCUUAACAAGCGCAACAAGAUUCACCAUUUAGACGCCGAGACAGAUGAAGACAUGAUCCCGUUGUUCGAGCACGAUGUUAACGGCAAAGCUCGCAAUAAUCUCCACCUUCUACCCAGACGAAACUUCUGCAGUAUC